GCAGUUUUAGCCUGGUCACACACACCGCCUUAAUACAUAGCAAAAGUACACUCAAGGGUGUGCUACAUAUUAUUGAGUUGUCUGCCACAUGUCAUCUGUCUCCAUUUCCUGUUCUUUAGACCAAGUGACCAAUUCAGAAAAUAUUCCCCCAGACCAGAAACCACUUUCCGAGACUUGUGUAAAUGCUGGUCCAGUACUAAAGACAGUAAUCAGGGGCCAACCCACAAGCAGCCAUCACGGCACCACCACUCCAAAACAUAAAGCCCAGCUGACCAUGCCCUCAACUCCAACUGUGCUGAAGAGGAGGAACAUUCUGGGGAAGUCUAAAAAUUCAGAAGAACAAGAGCUCGAGAAAAUGCAUGCGCUUCAGAAGGAAAUACAAGAGAAUCUCAAGAAAAUUGAGCAUUCCAUGAAAGUUGCCAUAUCUGGAGCAGAUAGCCUUUCUGGUUCCAUGAUUCAAGAAGGCUUUGAGCUGGCUACAGAAAAAAGGGCCAAGGAGCGCCAGGAGUUUGAGAAGUGCUUGGCAGAGAUGGAAGCUCUUCUUUUGGAAGAAGAGACCUGAAAGCAACGGGAAGAGGAAGAAAGGGAAGAGAUCAAUCAGCUGAGGCAAGAGCUGGGGUACAAGGCACAGCCUACUUACUGUCGCCACAUCCUUUAACUUCUCGGACAGGUUUAAGUGCUGAUGUGCUCCCUCUACUAAGCCAAAUCCAGAUUUCGGGUGGUGGUUACCUAUUCAUGCCCUGGACCAUACAGUCUAUUGUACAAACAAGUGUCCUUUAAAUAGUGGCAUGAAUCCGGGCACAGCUCUGCUCAUUGGGGGAGUUAUGUAAAUACUAUAUUAUAUGGCCUGGAGGGCACUGUUUUUAGGUCUCCCUGUAUGCGAAUACUUAUGCUUUUAUUAUGCCCUGUAAUAAACUGUGAAAAUGUAAAGUUUGUCAAUUGCCUG